AUGGCAGAAACAGCACCAGCGGCAGCUCUGGCGCCGCUCGACCCUGCGACGUUCAACCCUCAACACCAGAACCUGACCAUAUAUGCUCCAGAUGGGUCUAUUAUAUACAGCGAUACGGAUUUCCUGAAUUCGACUCGGCUGUACACGGCUCGAUUUGGCAUUAGCUACGGCGCCCAGAUUGGAGCUUCGUUUACGCUUCUGGUUAUCCUCUUCCUGCUAACACGCUCCAAGAAGAAGAAGUCUGCCAUCUUCGUUCUCAACGCUCUCUGUCUCUUCCUCAACAUCUGGCGCUGCAUCUUCACGGCCUGCUUCCUUACCGGCGGCUUCAUGCAUCCCUACGACCUCAUGUCGGGUUUUUACAGUGCCUCUACCAAAGAUGUCGCCUUCUCAGUCACUAGCAACGUCCUGAGCGUACUCGUCACGACACUCGUCAUGGCCUCACUCAGCCUUCAAGUUUGGGUGGCUUGCGUUACGACAAGCAAGUUGCAACGAUUCAUCAUCAUGGGCAUCACGACCGCAACGGCGUUGGUCUCCAUUGGCAUCAAGUUUGCCUCCAUGGUCUUCUCCAACAUCGCAACUGUGCAACUCGUCAAUCGCGGAGUCGAUAAGGUCAGCGCCUACUCGUGGAUCACACAAGCCGUGGCCGUCAUUCUCUACAGCUGCGUCUUUACCUGGAAGCUAGGCCAUGCCAUCAUUCAGCGCCGACGUCUCAAGAUGCUGCAAUUCGGACCAAUGCAGAUUGUCUUCAUCAUGGGCUGCCAAACCAUGACCGUUCCAGCUGUCCUAUCGGCGCUCCAGUUCUAUCAGCCCGUUCUGGAUGAGGUGCCCGAGAUUGGUGCUCUGGUGAUCACCAGCCUCUGCAUUUUUCUGCCGUUGUCAGCCAUCUGGGCAGGUGUCGCCAACGAUUCCACCAUCGCCUACCGAAGCUACGACGCUCAUCACCACCUGAUCAACAGCAAGUCGGGCCAAGGCUCUUCUGCGGCAGGGACCUCCGACAGCAUCACCGCUUUCGACAAGAGCCACCAGACGAGCUGCUCCACCUGCAGCUACACGAAGAAGGGCGAUGACCUUGAUCUUUCAGGGCGUGGUUUUGCUGGGAAGCGGAGAAUGGGCGACUACGAUAUUCAUAUCGACCGCGAGUACGCUGUACGCCAUGAAGAGAUCGCUCUGGAGCAUGUUUGA